GGGAGGAGGAGGGCUGGAACGAGCGAGAAGAGAAGGCUUUGUUUUCGCUUUGAGAGUAGGAUGAGGGUUUAAGAGGUUAGGCGAUGGUAAUUGCAGGUAUGGAGAAAACGAAGGCUCUGGCCGUGGGGAAAAACGGGCACACGAAGGUGGGGAAGAAAUCGAAGGCCGCUGAGAAUGGCGCUGCGAAGGUCGUCGAGGCGGAGGACGUGGAAGAGGGUGAAGUUUUGCCCAUGGAUGCCGAAGGUGGCAGGUCAGGGGAUGAGAGUCCGAAAGUAGACAAAUCCUCAGUGGAGGAUGGCAAGGUGGACAAAUCCGGGGAUGCCGGUCAUAAUGUCAAUAGAUCCGAGGAGGAGAAUGAGAGCGACGAUGAGGAAGAAGAUGAAGCUCGGGGCCGAUGUCGAAGUCGGCACUAA